CAGGCGGAUGGCCGGUCGCCACGGUCGUCCAUGUCACGCGGACGGUCGGUCGCCACGGUCGUUUUGCGAUUGGCCCCUCAGUUCCCCAAACGCUCUCCGCAUCUUUCUUUUGAUUGAUCCCCACAUUCCCAACCAGCAAAAGCAACUCGAUCUGCAAGACAGCAGCAUCUGAGGAAGCAAAGCAUCCGAUCCAACCUCCUCCCGGCGCCCCAUGGAUGAAUCUGACGAGCGCGGCAACGGCGGCGGCGGCGGCCACCACCACGGCUACGAGUGGAAGCUCCCGGCGGCGCUGUCGGCGAACACGACGAGCGUGCACGUGACGGCGCUGGACGGGGUGGUCAACGUGAACUCGCUCUUCACGGUGGCCGUCUUCGUGGGCCUCUCCCUCGCGACCCCCGGCGAGCUCCGCAGCCUCGCCGGCGACUCGUCCUGCGACGCCGGGCCCGACGUGGCGCGGUCCCUGCUCGUCCUCGAGGUGGUCGCCUUCUCCUCCUUCCUCUUCUCCAGCCUCGUGGCGCAGGGCCUCAAGCUCGCGAUCAACCUCAUCAACUCCAAGGAUCCCGACGACACGCACGCCCACAUCGACGCCCGCCUGCUCCGGCUGGGGAUGCUGGCCUCCGCCGUGGGCUCCGUCGUCGGCUGCGUCUUCUUGAUGGCCUCCAUGGUGAUGGUCGUGCAGAUCCGGCUCGGCACCCUGGGAUGCGCCAGCAACCGGGCCGCUGCCAAGGCCGCCGCGGGGCUCGUCGGGCUCGUCUCCACCGCCCUCGUCGUGUACAUCAGCACCGUCUUCUACACUUUCACUCACUGAUUGACAGAUUGCUGCUGCUGAUACAUCAGGUUCCAUGGAUCUUGCUUGCCAGUUGCCACUGUCUCGUUUUUUUUAGUAGCUUUUAACGGGGUGAUGAGAUGUUUUAGCAAAUAUUUCUGCUGUCUAUGUAAAAUAUAUUGUUGCAUCCGCGAGCUAAUUAGAACUUGAUCAAA